AUGUCACGGCUGCCCCACUAUGGACAGCCCCUCACCAUUCUGCAUCGAGCAGAAGCAAGUGCGCGCACUUUGACACCUUCCCGUUUCAAUCCACCGACAAUAAGCGCGCACCGUAUUGGCCGCCGCUUCCUUUCUGCUACACCAGCACGAAGACUCUGCCCCGCGCUCGCACGCUUCGACAAAUACACGCCAGAACGCAUAGCCAACGCCGACUGGCCCUACCUCUACCACAAGUACAGCAAGAUGGCGAACCUCGACUCGUACUUCCAGCAGGUCGACUCUCUGCAAGACAAGUUCAUCGACAGGCUCAGGCAGGCUGUUGCGAUUCCCAGCAUCAGCUCCGAGGACCAGAGGAGACCCGAUGUCGUCAAGAUGGGCCACUGGCUCGCCGACCAGAUCAAGGCGCUCGGCGGUGAAGUCGAGCUCCGUGAGCUUGGAAAGCAGCCCGGACGCGAGCACCUCGAGCUGCCGCCCUGCCUCCUCGGACGCUACGGAAACGACCCGAAGAAGGCCAACGUUCUCGUGUACGGCCACUACGACGUCCAGCCCGCACAGAAGUCGGACGGCUGGGCCACAGACCCGUUCACACUGAGCAUCGAUGACAAGGGCCGCAUGUACGGACGCGGCAGCACCGACGACAAGGGCCCCGUGCUGGGCUGGCUGAACGCGAUCGAGGCGCACCAGAAGGCGGGCGUGGAGCUACCCGUCAACCUGAUCAUGUGCUUCGAGGGCAUGGAGGAGAACGGGUCCGAGGGUCUGGACGACACCAUCCGUGCCGAGGCGAAGAAGUUCUUCAAGGACGCCGAUGUCGUGUGCAUCUCGGACAACUACUGGCUGGGGACGGAGAAGCCCUGUCUCACAUACGGUGUCCGCGGAUGCAACUACUACUCGAUUGAGAUUGCAGGCCCGGGCGCUGAUCUGCACUCUGGUGUCUACGGCGGUGUCUCACACGAGCCCAUGACGGACCUGGUCCGCAUCAUGAACUCUUUCGUCAACCCGGAUGGCAAGAUGCUCAUCGAGGGCAUCGACGAGCUGGUCGCGCCUAUGACGGAGCAGGAGGAGGCUCUCUACCCUCCCAUUGCCUUCACCAUGGACGACUUGAAGGAGUCGCUUGGUGGCGAGGUGUCGAUCCACGGCACCAAGGAGGAGGCGCUCAAGGCCAAGAUGAGGUACCCUUCGCUGUCUCUGCACGGCAUCGAGGGAGCCUUCUACGGCGAGGGAGCCAAGACUGUGAUUCCGGCAAAGGUGGUUGGCAAGUUCUCGAUCCGCACUGUGCCCAACAUGGAGAUCGACCCGGUGACCAAGCUCGUUGAGAAGCACGUCAAGGCCGAGUUUGCGAAGCUGCAGUCGAAGAACAGGAUCAAGUUCAACGUGCUGCACUGCGGCAAGUGGUGGGUCGAGGACUUCAACCACCCCAACUACACAGCUGCUGCCAAGGCUGUGGAGAGGGUGUUUGGCGUCAAGCCAGACAUGACGCGCGAGGGCGGCAGUAUCCCGGUGACGCUGACGUUCCAGGAGGAGCUGGGCAAGAACGUGCUGCUGCUGCCGAUGGGAAGCUCGACAGACGCAGCGCACUCUAUCAACGAGAAGCUGGACAAGAGGAACUACAUUGAGGGCACCAAGUUGCUUGGAGCGUACCUGCACUACGUGGGUGCGGAGCUGAAGCGGGAGUAG